AUGAGGAGAGCUAAUGGCAGAUAUAUAUUGAAGAAUGGUGUCCAACUUGACAUUCGUCAUGUUGUUCCAUAUAACAGGAAUCUUUUGGUCAAGUACGACGCCCAUCUUAAUGUUGAGCUUUGUAACCGAUCUAGAUCGGUCAAAUAUUUAUUCAAAUAUAUCAAUAAAGGACCUAAUCAUGCUACUGUAGUUAUCUCAAAUGAACAAAAUUCUGCCUCCACAUCUGAAAUUAGAAUUGAGGAACAUGAUGAGAUAAAGGCAUACUUGGAUUGUAGAUAUAUUUCUGUUUCCGAAACUGCUUGGAGAAUUUACCAAUUUGAUAUGUUUUAUCGAGAACCAUCUGUAGAGCGUUUAUCAUUCCACCUUCCUUAUCAACAACCAAUUUAUUUCCAAGGGCAUAUGUCACUUGACAACAUUAUGAGUCGUUCAAGAAUUGAGGCAACAAUGGUUACUGAGUGGAUGAAAGUGAAUUGUGAGGACAUUGAGGCCAGACAACUAACAUACUCUGAAUUCCCUAUGAAGUAUGUUUGGAAUAAGAAGGAAAAGUUGUCGACAAGAAAACGUAGACCUAGAUGUCUUGGAUGA